UAGGAACCUCAGCGGGAUGGUCUAGGGUUAGCGGCACGUAAGGACGUCCCGGGCCGGUGGGGAGGGCAGAACGGUUUGUGUGGUCUCGCCUGGAAUCCGAAUCAGAACUUGGACCAGACCCCUCCCUGAGGAUGCUGAAGCAACACCUUUGGAUUGAGUUUCUUCCAGAGGGAACCAAGAAGAGGAUUAAUUAAUACAUUCAAUUGUAAAAUAAGCCAUGGCUCAUGAGUUGGUGAUGUUCAGAGAUGUGGCUAUAGAUGUCUCUCAGGAGGAAUGGGAAUGCCUGAACCCAGCACAGAGGAAUCUGUACAAGGAUGUGAUGCUGGAGAAUUACAGCAACUUGGUGUCACUUGGACUUUCUGUUUCUAAGCCAGCCAUAAUCUCCUCAUUGGAGCAAGGAAAGGAGCCCUGGAUGGUUGUGAGGGAAGAGUCAGGAAGAUGGUGCCCAGACUUGGCAUCCAGAGAUGAGCCCCAGAAAUUAUCUCCAAAAAGAGAUAUUUAUGAAACAGAAUUGUCCCAGUGGGUUAGCAUGGAAGAAUUUGAAAGCCAUAAUCUUGAGAGAUCCAUUUUUAGAAAUAUCUGGGAAGGCAACUGUCAUUUUGAGCAACAUCAGGGACAAAAGGAGGGCUAUUUUAGACAAUUUUUGGUUAACCAUGAGAACAUGCCCAUUUUUAGCCAACAUACUUUAGUCACUCAAGAAUUUUAUGAUAGAGAGAAAAUCUCUGAAUGUAAAAAGUGUAGAAAAAACUUUAGUUACCAUUUACUUUUUAGUCACCACAAAACUCAUUCUGAAGAACUUUCUGAAUGUAAAGAAUGCACAGAAAUUGUUAAUACACCAUACCUUUUUAAACAACAGAUAAUUCAAAAUGGUGACAAAUGCAAUGAGUGUAAAGAAUGUUGGAAGGUCUUUGUUCAUUGCUCACAACUUAAACAACAUCUAAGAAUUCAUAAUGGUGAAAAACGCUACGAAUGCAACGAAUGUGGGAAGGCCUUUAAUUAUGGCUCAGAACUUACUCUACAUCAAAGAAUUCACACUGGUGAGAAACCUUAUGAAUGUAAAGAAUGUGGGAAAGCCUUUAGACAGCGAUCACAGCUUACUCAACAUCAGAGACUUCAUACUGGUGAAAAACCCUAUGAAUGUAAGCAAUGUGGGAAAGCUUUUAUUCGUGGCUUUCAACUUACUGAACAUCUGCGACUCCAUACUGGUGAGAAACCCUAUGAAUGUAAAGAAUGUGGGAAGACUUUUAGGCAUCGCUCACAUCUUACUAUACAUCAAAGAAUUCACACUGGUGAGAAACCCUAUGAAUGUCGGGAAUGUGGGAAGGCCUUUAGCUACCACUCAAGCUUCUCUCACCAUCAGAAAAUUCAUUCUGGUAAGAAACCUUAUGAAUGUCAUGAAUGUGGGAAGGCUUUUUGUGAUGGCUUACAACUAACCCUACAUCAGAGGAUUCAUACUGGUGAGAAACCCUAUGAGUGUAAAGAAUGUGGGAAGACUUUUAGACAGUGUUCCCACCUCAAAAGACAUCAGAGAAUUCAUACCGGUGAGAAACCUCAUGAAUGUGUGAUAUGUGGCAAGGCCUUUAGACUUCAUUCACACCUUAUUCAACAUCAAAGAAUUCAUACUGGUGAGAAACCCUAUGAAUGUAAGGAAUGUGGGAAAGCCUUUAGCUAUCAUUCAAGCUUCUCACACCAUCAGAGAAUUCAUUCUGGGAAGAAACCGUAUCAGUAUGGGAAGGCAUUUAAUCAUGGAUUACAACUUAACUUACAUCAGACUCUUCAUACUGGUGAGAAGCCAGUCACAUUUCCGCUCCUUCCUCCCCAUCCUAGUCUAGCAUCAUGAAACUUGUUGAUGGAAAUAUACAUUGUCUUUGUUUUAUUUAAGGAAAACUUUGAUAAGCUACCAUGUUUCAUUAGUAUUGAUUUAUUUAACUAAUCCUUGAAAACCAAAUGUUUUUAAGUGAGAAAAUGGAAAAGUAAUUAAAGUGUAAAUUUUGCUUUCAUUUUAAUGCUGUUUUUGAGUUACUGUAUUAACCAUUAUUGAGAAUAAAUCUUCUAAAAUUACAUGUUUCACUGAAACCAGUGAAAUAUAGCAUAAAUAAAAUGAAAACAAUUUCCUCUGCUCCCACAACUCUCUGAGAUAACUAGGAUGUUAACUUCUUCUUCCAUUUGCUCAAACAACUUGUACACAGAAGGCAUUUGUUGCAUGUGUUUGGAGGAGGUUUUACCCCUGUAUGGACAUUUUGGUGUCUUGUCCUUUUCAUAAUAAUCAUGAAUACUUUUCCAGCUCAGUAUAUAAAGAUGUAACCAUCUUUAAGCUUCAGAAUAUCUCUAGAAUGGAAUGUAUGUCAGCAUUUUGAGCCAUCACCUACUAUAGUCAUUCAAGCUGUUUCUUUUUGAGAUGGAAUUUAGCUCUUGUUACCCAGACUGGAGUGCAAUGGCACCAUCUCGGCUCACCGCAACCUCCACCUCCUGGGUUCAAGCAAUUCUCCUGCCUCGGCCUCCCAAGUAGCCGGGACUACAGGGUGCACCACCAUGCCCAGCUAAUUUUUGUAUUUUUAGUAGAGACGUGGUUUCACCUUGUUGACCAGGAUGGUCUCGAUCUCUUGAUCUUGGGAUCCACCCACCUCGGCCUCCCAAAGUGCUGGGAUUACAGGCGUGAGCCACCGCGCCCGGCCUCAAGUUGUUUCUGAUUUUCACCUGGAACUCUAAUGCAGUAAACAUUCUUACCUUCUUUUGUUUCUGUUGAGCAAAUUCCAAACAGUGGGAUUAAAGAGCAUCUGGUGUAUGUAUUCUGAGAUUACAUUUACCUUUUAAAACCUUUUAAUUUUUUUUUGUUUAAAUAAUAAAAGCACAUGAUAAAAAUUCAAAAAUUGCCAAAAAUGUGAAAAUUAAAUGUCCCCUAAUAUUCAGUUUUGUAGCCACUCACUUUCUCUCCUCAAGUGCAACAAGUACUAUCAGUUUCUUUUUUUCUAUCAGGAAUAUUCCAAGUAAGUUUAGUAAAUUCUUCAGACAAAAGUACAUUAUUCAUAAUAUGUGAUUUAUUACACAGUCUUAUCAUUAGUCCACAUUUGGCCGACUUUAUUUCAUUCUUUUUUUUUAGACAGGGUCUAGCUUUGUCACCCAGGCCAGAGUGUAAUGGCACAAUCUUGGCUAACUGUAACCUCUACCUCCCAGGUUCAAACAAUUCUCCUGCCUCAGCCUCCGGAGUUGCUGGAACUACAGGCAUACACCACCAUAGCCAGCUAAUUUUUGUAUUUUUAGUAGAGACAGUUUUUCACCAUGUUGACCAGGCGGGUCUUGAACUUCUCACCUCAGAUGAUCCAUCUGCCUCAGCUUCCCAAAGUGCUUGGACUGCAGGUGAGAGCUGCUGUGCCCAGCCCACUUCAUUUUUUUUUUUUUUUUAAGACAGGGUCUCACUCUGUUACCCAGGCUGGAGUGCAGUGGUGCAAUCUCAGCUCACUGCAACCUCCGCCUCCUGGGUUCAAGCAAUUCUCCUGUCUCAGCCUCUCAAGUAGCUGGGAUUAUAGGAACUUGCCACCACACAUGGCUAAUUUUUGUAAUUUUAGUAGAGACAGGGUUUCACCAUGUUGGUCAGGCUGGUCUUGAACUCAACCUUGUGAUGUGCCCACCUUGGCCUCCCAAAGUGCUGCGAUUACAGGUGUGAGCCACCACUCCUGGCCACCUGCUUCAUUUUUAAUAUAUUUCAGGAAUUUUAAAACUUUGUGGUAACUAUCAAUUUACUGCCUCUCAACUCUGAAUCCUUCACUGCCUGCUCUGCAGUAUUGGAACUGGAUUCUGUGAACAUUUCUCCUUUGCCACCUGGCAUGAUGUUACUCUCUGCCAGCAGAGUAUGGGGAGGACACUAGAGGAGGAGGGUUUUUUCUCUUCUUAGGUUUGUUUCACUUUUAUCAGGCUCCUGUAGUACCUGUAGCAGUAGCCCUUGGCUCCUGUAGUAUGUGACCUCCAGCAGCACCGGCCUCUAACAUGCACUUGGGUGGCUUCACAGUGAGUAAUAAGGGGUAGUGGCAUCUCUGAAGCUGGCUUUUGCCAUCUACACAGAGGUUGACUUCCUGAAAGUCCUACCUCUCUGCCAUUCUGAACCAUGUCUAUACCCCUUCAAAGAAGGCCUGGAUUUUGGCCGUGUGGGAGAGUGGGCUAUUUUGCGUCAGGUAUCUCAGUCCAUGCUUUCUAGGGUCAAUCAUGGCUACCAAUUUCUUUUGUAUUCCCUGAAUAUUCUAGGUAAAGUUUUUAAAUCCUUUGGACAAAAAGUAAACAAUAACUUCAUUAGCACUGUAUUAUAGGGUGGAUUUAUAUAUGUUUAUACUUAAGAUAUUUAUUUUUUACUUCCUCAAUCCAAGAAUUCACAUCCUUCAUUGGUUCUCAAAAAUUCUCAACUAUUUCCACUUAUAAUAUUCCUCUCCCUCAUUUUCUGCCCACUUCUCCCUUCUCUGUCUACCCUCUGAAUUAUACAUUGAUCUUUUCCUCACUGUCUUUUUAGGUCUUUUGCUUAUUUGUCCAACAGUACUGUCAAGAACAGAACUCCUUGUGUGUACAUUUUUUAAAUUACAUAUUUUAUAUCGUGCUAUACAAUCCAAAAUUUGUUUCAAUCAGUUAGUAAGUUCUUAUAAUUAAGUCUCUUUUUGUGAUUUACAGGGUAGUUAAGGAGGGAGUGGGGUCAAGGGGGAUGUGGAUGUGGCUAUAAAAAGGCAACAUGAGGAAUCCUUGUGAUGAUGGAAAUGUUCUGUGUUUUGACCCAAUGUCAACAUCAUGCUUGUGAUAUAUAGUGUUUCAAGACAAUUAGCAUUGGGGAAAACUUAGUAAAGGGUACAUGGGAUCUUUUUGUAUUUUUUUUAUAUUUUAUUUUUGAGACGGAGUUUCGCUCUUGUUACCCAGGCUGUAGUGCAAUGGCGCCAUCUCGGCUCACCGCAACCUCCGCCUCCUGGGUUCAGGCAAUUCUCCUGCCUCAGCCUCUUGAGUAGCUGGGAUUACAGGCAUGCACCACCAUGGCCAGCUAAUUUUUUUUUUGUAUUUUUAGUAGAGACAGGGUUUCACCACGUUGACCAGGAUGGUCUCGAUCUCUUGACCUCGUGAUCCACCCUCCUUGGCCUCCCAAAGUGUUGGGAUUACAGGCUUGAGCCACCGCGCCCAGCCUGGGAUCUUUUUGUAUUAUUAUUGCAAGUGCAUAUACUCUAAAUUUGUCUCAAAAUGAAAACCUUACUUUUUUUGUAAGUUAGGAAAGAUCAUUUCAGACAAAUAUGUGAAUCUGAGUUAUCAAUUUACUGUUAUGUAGAACAGGCAACUUUAUGAUGUUUCCCAACGCAAUUCUGAAUUACUAGUGAUUACACUGUCUUUCAUUUUAAAAAAUGAGACAUUCAUAGGCUUUUCUGUGUGUGUGUGAGACAGGGUCUUUGUUGCCGAGGCUGGAGUGCAGUGGCAUGAUUAUAGCUCACUGCAGCCUCAUUUGUGGUUACUUGACUGAUUUACAUUUUUCUAUGUUUAUACUUUCUGGUUUAUAUACAUUAACAUAAUGAUCUGUUCUUAAAAAGACAAAAUAUUGACAGAAAUUGGAUACACACAUGCAUUAACCUAUUCCUUGUGGAAAUUAAUAAUAAACAUACUAUAUUCUUUCCUUUUUUUUUUUUUUUUUUGAGCUAGAGUCUUGCUCUGUCACCCAUGCUGGAGUGCAGUGGCACGAUCUUGGCUUACUGCAACGUCUGCCUCCUGGGUUCAAGAAAUUCUCCUCCCUCAGCCUCCCAAGUAGCUGGGACUGCAGGCGCAUGCCACCAUGCUUGGCUAUUUUUUUGUGUGUAUUUUAGUAGAGACGGGGUUUUACCAUGUUGCCCAGGCUGGUCUCAAACUCCUGAGCUCAGGCAAUCCGCCCACCUCAGCCUCCCAAAGUGCUGGGAUUACAGGCAUGAGCCACCGUGCCAGCCUAUGUGCCUUCUUUGAUUACAACUAUUAUAAACUUUAUAUUUCUCUCUUGAGUGUGAUUAUAAACUCAUACUCAACUUGUCUCAAUAAGAUAUAUUUAUUCUUUUUUAUUUUUUUUUGAGAGAGAGUUUCGCUCUUGUUGCUCAUGCUGGAGUGCAAUGGCGCGAUCUUGGCUCACUGUCACCUCUGCCUCCCGGGUUGAAGUGAUUCUCCUGCCUCAGCCUCCGCCACACCUGGUCAAAUUUUUGUAUUUUUAGUAGAGAUGGAGUUUCACUAUGUUGGCCAAGCUGGCCUCAAACUCCUGACCUCAGGUGAUCCAACUGCCUCAGCCUCCCAAAGUGCUGGGAUUAUAGGCAUGGACAACCUUGCCCGGCCACUAAGGUAGAUUUAUUCUUAUCUGAUGUGGAUGAAAACUGUCAAAACACAACCAAUGGAUAAUGUUAACAUGCUUUCUAACAUGCACAAUGCUAGAGCCAGGAAUCACCUUAUAGCAUCUUUUUAUCCUUGCCACAACAAAAUGUUCCUCAUCCAUCCUGAUGUUUUAUCUUUCCAUAAGAUAGCAAUCAAUACACAUAUAAUCCCAGCACUUUGGUUGAAGUGGGUGGAUUGUUUGAGCUCAGGAAUUUGAGACCAGCCUAGGCAACAUGGCGAAACCCUGUCUCUACAAAAAAUACAAAAAUUAGCUGGGCAUGGUGGAACAUGCCUGUAGUCCCAGCUACUUGGGAGGCUGAGGUGGAAGGAACAUGAGUCCAGGAGUUCAAGGCCAGUGAAUGGAGAUUGCUCCACUGUACUCCAGGCUGGACAACAGAGCAAGACUCUGUCUCAAAAAAAAAAAAAAAAAUAGGCCAGGAGUGGUGGUUCCUCACACCUGUAAUCCCAUCACUCUGAGAGGCCAAGGUGGGUGGAUCACCUGACGUCAGGAGUUCAAGACCAGCCUGGCCAACAUGGCAAAACUCCAUCUCUACUAAAAAUACAAAAAUUAGCCAGGUGUGGUGGCACACACUUGUAACCCCAGCUACUCAGGAGGCUGAAGGAGGAGAAUUGCUCCAACCAAGGAGAUAGAGCUUGCAGUGAGCCGAGAUAGAGCUUACUGUGCCACUGCACUCCAGCCUGAGCAACAGAGUGAGACUCCGUCUCAAAAAAAAAAAUGGAAUAAUCAACUACUCUCCGAGGAGCCUUAUACUUUUGCUAUAGUGUUUUGUAUUUAAUACCAUUUAAUAGUAUUUUAUAUUCAAUUAAAUACUAUUUAAUAGUAUUAAAUACAAAAAUCUGUGUAGUGAGUUAGGGGUUUAUGGUAGUUAGAUGUAGACAAAAGUGUUGCUGCUGCUGUGUGGCCACAUUUGAUGGUGUAAGGAGCUGGCAAACAUUUUUUUAAGAUUAUAUUGUAUUUGUGUUAUAUAGUAUGAAUUAUUUCUGACAUGAGAGAAUUUUAUCUCAUGGAAUCAUGUUUGGUGUAGAUUAUUUAAAAUGUUGACAGCUGAUUUAUGAGAAGGGUAUCUGCUGAGGAAUAACUUGGAAAUACUUGUGUUUUAGGAAGAUCUCUCUAUUGGUUUUCGUGGAGUAUGAACUAGGGAUUUGUGUAAUAGUGGAGGAAAGGACAGACUGAGGGGGCAGAAGGAGAAAUGAAUAGAUGAGGAGGCUAUCAGCUAUUGUAGCCUAUUACCAGAAUCCAUGUUGGAGAGCUUCAGAAUUUACAAAGAAAUUGAUUUGAAGACAUCAGAUGCAAAUCUCAGAUAGUAAGAAGAUAUAAUCAUCAGAAGCUAUUGAUGAGGUAUUAGGUGGUGAUAAGAAAACAAGAUUUCAUAGUGAUCCUCAGACACUUAGGAAAUGUACCUGCAGGCUCCCAUAUCAAGGAUCUGUCAUACUUUAAUUGAUGCUGAGAUACAUGUUUGUUUUUUUUCACAUUUUAACAUUUCUGAAGGAGGGAUAAAUUAUUAGUCAGCAACUAUGCACUCCUCUCCCUUUUGAAGAAUAUAAUAGACUUUGGAUUUAGCCAAUAGAAUGUGAGUGGAAGUCAUUUUUGGCAGAACUUUACAUGUGCUUUCUUAUUAUGACUUGGCUUUUGCUAUUGGCCGUAGGAACAUGCCACAUGUAGCCAUUUGUUCAUCCAUGAAAACCUUCCAAGAGUAGUGGCACUGCUUCACUUCCACCUUCUAAAUCUCAUGCAAAUUUCUCUUUUGGACAUGCUUAUCUCAGAACUAUAUUAAGAAAGAGACUCUGAAAGAAAAAAUUAUAGCUUAGCCAAAUUGAACCACUUGAAAAACAUCUCAAAUACCUAACUACAGAAAAUAUUUUUGUCUCUUCCUGGAGUAUGGAUCAAUAUCAGUUCACCCUUAAACCCAAACUCAAACGUCCAUGAGGGAUGGUUUACUUCUACUGAGUACAUGUAGCUAUUUAAGUUUCCUAGUAAUGUGGACGUUGCACCUAAAUCACCUGGGCAUGCCCUGGAAUUGAUUUCUGUCACUUUACCCCAUCUAUUUUUCAAAACAAGUUUAGAUUUAUUGUGAUAACAAAUACAUUGAAAGCAAAGCAGCUUUGGUAUCAUAUAACUGUCUGGAAUUUUGUUUGUCCAUCGUUAGUUUUUUGUUUUUUUUUUUUUUUUUGAGACAGAGUCUUGCUCUGUCACCAGGCUGGAGUGCAAUGGCACGAUCUCAGCUUACUACAACCUCUGCCUCCCAAGUUCAAGCAUUCUCCUGCCUCAGUCUCCCGAGUUGCUGGGAUUACAGGUGCCUUCCACCACACCCAGCUAAUUUUUGUGUUUUUAGUAGAGAUGGGGUUUCACCAUGUUGGCCAGGCUGGUCUUGAGCUCCUGACUUCAGGUGAUCCACCUGCCUCAGCCUCUUAAAGUGCUGGGAUUACAGACCACCAUGCCUGACCCUUGAGCAUAUUUUCAUAUGUGUAUUGGCCAUCUGUAUAUCUUCUUUGGAGAAGUGUCUAAUCAAAUAUUUGCCUUUUUAAAAAUUGGAUUGUUUGAUUGCUGUUGUUGAGUUUUAGGAGUUCUUUACAUAUCUAGAUAUAUAUUUUACAAACAGUUCCUCUUAUUUUGUGGGUUAUGUAUUCACUCUGUUGAUAGUGUACUUUAAUGCACAAAAGUUUUGAAUUUUGAUGAAUUCCAGUGUACCUAUGUCUUCUUUUGUUGCCUACGCUUUUGGUUUCAUGUACAAGAAAUCAGUGCCAAGUCCAAUGUCAGCAAGCUUUCUCCCAGUAUUUUCCUUUGAAGUUUUUUUAUUUUUGUUCUCACAUUAAGGUCUUUGAUCCAUUUUGAAUUAAUUUUUGUAUAUAGUGAAAGAUAAGAUUGCUUUGCAUGUAGAUGCUCAGUUUUCCCAAUACCACUUGUUGAUAAGACUGUCCUUUUCCCAUUUAAUAGUCUUGUUACUCUUAUAAAAAUUAUUUUGCCAUGUUGGGCACAUUGGCUUAUACCUAUAAUCCCCAGCACUUUGGGAGGCCAAGGCAGGUGGAUCACUUGAGCUCAGGAGUUCAAGACCAGCCUGGACAACAUAGGAAGACUUGGUAGUAUUAAAAUCAAAAUUAACUUGAGUGUGAUGGCUCACAGCAGUAGUUACAGCUACUUGGGAUGUUGAAGUGGGAGGACUGCUUGAGCCCAGGAUCUUGAGAGGCUGCAGUGAGCCAUGAUCACACCACUGCACUCCCACCUGGGUGACAAGCGAGACCCUGUCUCAAGAAAACAACACACAAAUAAACAAAAAUUAUUUAGCCACAUAUCCAAGGAAUUAUUACUGGGCUAUCUAUUCUAUUCCAUCAUUUUUUGUUUUUGGGGUUUUGUUCAUUGGUUGGAAUCAGGGUCUUGCUCUGUCACCCAGGCUGAAGUGCAGUGGUGCAAUCAUGGCUCACUGCAGCCUCAACUUUCUGAACCCAAGCGAACCUCCCACCUCAGCCUUCCAAGUAACUGAGAUUACAGGCGUGCACCACCACACCUGGCUAAUUUUUUUGUAUUUUUUGUAGAGAUGUGGUCUCCCUAUGUUGCCCAGGCUCCUCUUAAAUGCCUGGGCUCCAGCGCUCCACUUGCCUUGGCUUCCCAAAGUGCUGGGAUUACAGGCGUGAAUCACUGUACCCAGCCUCCUCAGUCUUAUGCCAGAACCAUACCAUGUUCAUGACCAUGGCAUUGUAGUUAAGUUGUAAAACCAGGAAGUAUAAGUUAUCCAACUGUGUUCUUUUUCAAGAUUGUUUGGCUAUUCAGAGUCCCUUGAGAUUCUGUAUGUAGUGAAUUCUUAUAAUUUUAAGUUGCCCCAGCAACCAUUUUGAAUAUAAGUUCAACUUUCUCAUACCAGAAUCCAGAAUUAGUUGCCCUUGACACACCAUUUUCAGUUAUCUGCCUCCAAGUUCCUCAGUGUGUUCAAUCCAGAUAUCUACUUUAUACAACCCCCUCCUGGUGGCCACCACUCUGUGAGACAGCUAGAUACAACCUAUUUGACUGACCCCACUGACCUGUAUACCCAUUUUGCUCUCUGUUUCUAUAGUUUUGAUGUUUUUACAUUCCAUACAUAAGUGGGAUGGUGCCAUUUUUGUCUUUUUGUGCUGGACUUACUUCACUUAACAUAAUGUUCAUCCAUGUUGUGGAAAAUGACACUAUUGCCUUCCUUUUCAGGGUUAAUAGUAUUCUAUUAUGCAUAUAUACCACAUUUUUUUUUAAGCAGAUUCUUACUCAAUCUGUUGCCCAGGCUGGAGUGCAGUGGCACAAUCUUGGCUCACUGCAAUAUCCGUCUCCUGGAUUCAAGCUAUUCUCCUGUCUCAGCCUCCCGAGUAGCUGGGAUUACAAACUUGCACUGCCAUGCCUGGCUAAUUUUUCUUUCCAAGAUGGAAACUUAUUUCCCACCCUCUACUGUACAAAUUUCUUACCAAUUUGUCUAGAGCAAUUGCUACUUUCUGCUCACCAGGCCCAAUUAGCAUAAUAUCAACCAGGUAGUGGACCAGCAUGGUGUCUUCUAGAAAGGAAAGGGGAUCAAGAUCUCUGUGGACUACAUGAUGUCAUAGGACUGAACAGUUGAUACAUCCAUAUGAUGAUUAAAUUUUUUUGUUUUGAGACAGUCUCGCUCUAUCGCCCAGGCUGGAGUGCAGUGGUGAGAUCUCGGCUCACUGCAACCUCUGCCUCUCAGGUUCAAGCGAUUCUCCUGCCUCAGCCUCCUGAGUAGCUGGGAUUACAGGCACAUGCCACCACGCCUGGCCAAUUUUUGUAUUUUUAUUAGAGACAGAGUUUCACCAUGUUGGUCAGGCUGGUCUCAAACUCCUGACCUCGUGAUCCCCUCACCUAAGCCUCGCAAAGAGCUGGGAUUAUAGGGAUGAGCCAACACGCCCAGCAAUUAUGGUUAAUUUUAUGUGUCAAUUUGGCUAGGCCACAGUACCCAGAUAUUUUGUCAAACAUUAUUCUAGAUGCUUCUAAAUCUUCUGUGAAAAUUUUUCUUAGAUACAAUUAACAUUUAAAUCAACAGACUUUGAGUAAAGCAGAUUAUCCUCCAUAAUUUGGGUGGUUCUCAUCUAACUAGUUGAAGGCCUUAAUUGAAAAAAGACUGACCUCCCUUGAAGGAAGAAAAUUCUUCCAUCACACUUUUUUGGGUCUUGAAUAGCAUCAACUCUUCCCUGAGUUUACAGCCUCCUGGACUACCCUGAAUAUUUUGGACUUGAUAGCAUUCACAACCAAUGAACCAAUUCCUUUUUUUUUUUUUUUUUUUUUCGAGAUGGAGUUUCUUUCUUGUUACCCAGGCUGGAGUGCAAUGGCGUGAUCUCGGCUCACCGCAACCUCCACCUCCUGAGUUCAAGCAAUUCUCCUACCUCAGCCUCCUGAGUAGCUGAGAUUACAGGCACGCGCCACCAUGCCCAGCUAAUUUUUGUAUUUUUAGUAGAGAUGGGGUUUCACCUUGUUGACCAGGAUGGUCUCCAUCUCUUGACCUCAUGAUCCACCCACCUUGGCCUACCAAAGUGCUGGGAUUAUAGGCAUGAGCUACCGCGCCCAGCCCAAACCAAUUCCUUAAAAUAAAUCUCUCUCUUCUGGUGAAUCCAUAAUCAGUUGAUAGUUACUUAGCAUCAACUGAUUACGGACUUUAUUCACAUCUACAAAAUACCUAGAUUACAGCAAUACCUAGAUUAUAGCAAUACCUAGAUCAAUGUUUGAAUAACUAGGGACUGUAACCUAGCCAUGCUGAACAUAAAACUGACUGUCUACAUAAUAAUAGAGUAGGAGGCAUGGCAAAGGGGUAUAUAGAUGGACAUAUGAGAGUAGGCAUGAUCGUAAAGAUCUCUGUAUCACAUUAAUGUCCUAAAGAUCACAUCAACUAUAAAAGACUCAUUAAACAUCCAAGUACAUAAAAUGACUUAGGUUCUUGUUAUUAACCAGUCUUAGUCAUUUGCCUUCCAGUACACAUAUUAUAGGCAAAUCUAUAAAUUGGUCACAGUUGCAAAGGCGGAGGGUCUGGAUGGCCUCAAUAUCAUGUACUGCCACCUGCCAAGAGGACCUAGCUACUGCUGACUCUGAAGCGAGAGACCAGAGAUGAACCUUCGAUGGGGACUAUUCUUUGAUAAGACCAAUCAGCCACUUAAUGUCAACCUGGGUUAAGCAAACAGGGCUUCUUCCAUCCUGCAACAGCCAGAAGUUCAUUCUCAGGAAGAGACAGUUAUUCUGAGUAUGGGUCUGCCUUUUCUGUCCACAAGUCGUCAGCCAAUACCACCAUCUGGGUGCUUAUCGAAUGCCUUGUAUAAAGGCACAGUAUCUCAAACAGCACACCAUCUUACCAGGACAUUUACUUUUAAGCAAAAAAUGUGUAGGAAUUAGCCCAUAACAAUAGGAUGGGAAGUCCUAGCCAAAGCAAUUAGGCAAGAGAGAUAAAGAAAGGGAAUCCAAAUUGGAAAAGAGAAAAAUUGUCACUGUUCACAGAUGACAUUAUUUCCUAUAUAGAAAAUCUGGCUGGGUGCAGUGGCUCGUGCCUGUAAUCCCAGCACUUUGGGAGGCCAAGGUGGGCAGAUCACUUGAGGUCAGGAGUUUCAGAGCAGCCUGGCCAACAUGGUGAAACCUCAUCUCUACUAAACAUACAAAAAUUAGCUGGGCAUGGUGGUAGGGGCCUGCAAUCCCAACUACUUGGGUGGCUGAGGCAUGAGAGUCACUUGAACCAGGAGGCAGAUGUUGCAGGGAGCCAAGAUUGUGCCACUGCACUCUAGCCUGGGCAACAGAGCGAGACUUUGUCUCAAAAAAAAAAAAAGAAAAGAAAACCCUAUGAGCUUCACCAAAAAACUCUUUCAGCUGAUAAAUUCAGUAAAGUUGCAGAAACAAAAUUAACGAAAAUUCAGUAGUGUUUCUACACAUCAACAACAAACCAGAGGAAAAAGAAAUCAGGAAAGUAAUCCCAUUUAUAUUAACUACAAAAAUUGUAAAAUACCUAGGAAUAAACUGAACCAAGGAGAUAAAACACUGAUGAAGAAAGAGGUCACAAAAAAAAAAAAAAAGACAGCUGGGCAUGGUGGCUCACACUUGUGAUCCCAGCACUUUGGGAGGCUGAGGUGGGCAGAUCACCUGAGGUUGGGAAUUCGAGACCAGCCUGACCAACAUGGUGAAACCCCGUCUCCUUAAACAAAAAAAGAAAGAAUGAAUGAAAGAAAGAGGUCACAUAAAAAUGGAAAGGUAUCCAAUGAUUAUGAAUUUGAAGAACAUCAUGUAAAGGACUAUACUACCAAAAGCAAUAUACAGAUUCAAUGAAAUCCCUAUCAAAAUAAUAAUGAUAUUCAUCAUAGAAAUAGAAAAAAAUCCUAAGAUUCAUAACAGAAAACUCUCAAAGACAAAGAAAUCCUGAGCAAAAAAACAAAGCUGGAGGCAUCACACUACCAGACUUCAAAAUGUACUACAGAGCAUUCAGUGGGGAAACAGCAAUCUUCAAUAAAUGGUGCUGGAAAAACUGGAUAUUAAUAUGCAGAAAAGUGAAACUAAAUCACUAGCUCUCAUCAUAUAAAAAAAAUCAACUGAAAAUAUAUUAAAGUCUUAAAUAUAAGACCUGAAACUAUCAAACUGCUAGAAGAAAAGGGGGGAAAUGCUUCAGAACAUUCAUCUGAGCAAAGAUAUUUUGGUUAAGACCUCAAAAACACAGGCAACAAAAACAAAAAUAGACAAAUAGAAUUAUAUCAAGCUAAAAAAGCUUUGUACAGCAAGCAGAACAGUCACCAGAGUGAAGAGACAACUUACAGAAUAGGAGAAAAUAUUUGAAACUAACCAGGAUAAUAAGGAACUCAACUUAAUAGCAAAAAACACAAAAAUAUCUGAUUAAAAAAUGGGCAAAUGAUCUGAAUAGACAUUCCAGAAGAAGACAAAAUGGCCAAAAGGCAUAUGAAAAAAUGCUUAAUAUCAUUAAUUAUCAGCGAAAUACAAAUCAAAGCUACAAUGAAGGCCAGGCACAGUGGCUGAAGCCUAUAAUCCCAGCACUUUGGGAGGCUGAGGAGGGUGGAUCACCUGAGGUCAGGAGUUCGAGACCAUCCUGGUCAACGUGGGGAAACCCCAUCUCUUAUAAAAAUACAAAAAUUAGCUAGGCAUGGUGGCAUGUGUCUGUAGUCCCAGCUACUCAGGAGGCUGAGGCAGGAGAAUUGUUUGAACCUGGGAGGUGGAGGUUGCAAUGAGCCGAGAUCACACCACUGUAAUCCAGUCUGGCGAGAGUAAGGCUCCAUCUCAAAAAAAAAAAAAAGUUGUAUAGAAGGAAUAAGUUCUAGUGUUUCACAGGACAGUAGGAUGAUUAUAGUUAAUAAUUUAUUGUGUAUUUCAAAAUAGGUAUAAUAUUUGAAAUGUUCCUACCACAAAGAAAUGAUAAAUAUUUGAGGUGAAUAUCCUAAUUACCCUAAUUUUUUACACAUCGUAUGCAAGUAUCAAAACAUCACACAUGUCCCAUAAAUACGUACACCUAUUAUGCAUUAAUAAAAACAUACACUGUAAUUCCAGCACUUUGGGUGGUCAAGGAGGGUGAAUCACUUGAGGUCAGGAAUUCCAAGACCUGCUUGGCCAACAUGGUAAAACCCUGAUUCCACUUAAAAUACAAAAAUUAGCCAGGUGUGGUGGUACAUGCCUGUAAUCCCAGCUACUUGGGAGGCUUAGGUGGGAUAAUUGCUUGAACCCGGGAGGCAGAGACUGAAGUGAGUCAGGAUUGUGCCACUGCACUCCAGCCUGGGCAACUGGCCCGAUUAUAAACUGAUGAAUAUCUCAAAUGGGAGAACAUCCCAGGUGAAUGUUGAAGACUGGUGUUAGAGCCUAUGCUUUUUGCUGCUGCAUAUUACUUGUGAAGCAGCGCAUGUAAUCCAGAAGCCAGUCUAAAGAUACCUUUGGGGACACAAAUCAGGAGGUACUGCUGCUGAUGAAGCAGAGCUAGGGUUUAUUUAAAAAAUUACAGACAGUACAAUUCACUUUUUUAUAUGUAUGCUUCUAUUUUUUACAGUGAGACCCUGUCUCAAAACAAACAAACAAACAAAUCAAUAGAACAAACAGGUCAUAACACGUGCUGCACCACCUAGAGUCUCCCUGAUAAAGAACUGAAAUGGGCUUUUGAAACUAUAGCCAAUGUGAAGCCUCAAAGGGCAUGUUCUGCAAGGAUGGAGUACCAUCCUCCAGAAUGCAGUAUACAUAUACAAUCAGGGAUCUUUAUACGGCACUGUGUUGGAAUUAAGAACACCACUGAGGGCCAGGCUCAUGUGUGGUGGCUCAUGCCUGUAAUCCCAGCACUUUGGGAGGCCAAAGCAGGUGGAUCAUAAGUUCAGGUGUUUGAGACCAGGCUGGCCAACAUGGUGAAACCCCAUCUCUACUAAAAUACAAAAAUUAGCUGUGCAUGGUGACGGGUGCCUGUAAUCUCAGCGGGAGUCUGAGGCAGGAGAAUUGCUUGAACCUGGGAGGUGGAGGUUGCAGUGAGCUGAGAUGGUGCCACUGCACUCAAAAAAAAAAAAAAAACACUCAGAACCAAGGGAUAGCAGAAUUGGCCUCACUUAGUAUUAUUCCCAAUGAUUGCACAUGCCCCAAUGACUAUGUAUUGGCUGGUUUGUCAGCCAUCGUUAGAUGUGUUGGAGACACCCAACAGAACACACAACCUGGGUUCCAUCUUCCAUAGGUGUGUCCCCCCAGAGAUGAAGCCUGCCACUCCAGUUGGGGGGUGAGCAUCUGGAUGGAGUUUACAAAUAUGGGCUAAGUGCAGUGUGUUCCUUAUGUUUUGAGUUGAUUUGAGGAACAAUUAUGAGACCAUAUGGCCAAGGCCUGUGUGUGUGUGUGUGUGUGUGUGUGUGUGUGUGUGUGUGUGUAGACUGACUACUACUGAAUAUGUAAUUCAGAACCCAGUCUAAAGAUAUCUCUGGGGACACAAAUCAGGAGGUACUGCUGCUGAUGAAGCAGAGCUAGGGUUUUUAUUUAUUUAAAUUACAGACAGUACAGUUCACCUUCUCGUAUGUAUACUUCUAUUUUUUACACAUGCAUAGAUUUUUGUUAUCUAUGACCACAAGCAGGAUACAAAACAAUUCCAACACCUCAAAGAAUUCCCUCAUGCACCCCCUUUGUAUUCAGAUCCCACCCCACCCCAAACACUCAGCAAUCUUUGAUCCGUUUUCUGUCGUUAUAUUUUUGCUUUUUCCAGCACGUCAUAUAGAAGGAAUCAUACAGUACAUAACUUUUUGGGACUGGGUUAUUUCCUUUAGCGUAAUGCAUUCAAGGUUCACCUACGUUGUUGCAUGUUUCAGUAGCUCGUUGUUGUUAUUGUGUAGAAUUCCAUCCUAUGAAUGUACCACAGUGUAUCCAUUUACACACUGAAGAACAUCUGCUUGUCUCCAGCUUUCCAAAUUGUAAAUGACACUUACUCAUGUACAGGUUUUUGUGUGCACAUAAUUUUCCAUUUUUCUAGGAUAAAUACUUAUAAGUGGGAUUGCUGGGUCAUAUAGGGUGUGUAACUUUUUGAGGCUGGCAUAUUGUUUUCCAGAACGGCUUUACCAUUUUGCCUUUCCCAUUAGCAAUGUAUGAGAGUUCCAGUAACAAACCCGCACCUGUACUCCUGAUCUAAAAUAAAAGUUGAAAAAAAAAAAAAGUUCCAGUCGUUCCACAUUUUUGUCAGCACUUGGUAUUGUCACAUACCUAGAGUUUUGAAAAGCCUGAUUAUAAACUGAUGAAUAUCUCAAAUGGUAGAGCAUCCCAGGUGAAUGUUGAAGACUAGUGUUAGAGCCUGUGCUUUUUGCUGUUGCAUAUUACUUCUGAAGUAGCCAUGGCAAGCCUGGCUCUAUUGCUAGACCAGAAAUAGUAGAGAAAUUCAAGUGUUACCUGGCAAGAAAUGAUCACAUUUGAGAUGCACUGUGCACUAUCUGAUACUGGGGACAGAGAGGGUAAGGAGAUAUGCUUGUUUACAUACACUAUAAGGAAAUACACAGCAGUUAUAGGAACUAUGUUUGUAGGAUGGAGCUGAUUUACAGUCAGACUGCAAAGCUCUAACAUUAUCUCCAUGAUGCCUGGAUGUCUGGCUCUGACUCUCGGUUGGGAUAAUAUGAUUGACUAUAUGAGGUGUUGGUUAAAGUCUGAUACUCCCUGGGAGACUCCCAGAGCCAAUUUGUUUAUGAUGGCUUUUUAACUUUUUUAAACUCACAUAACCAGUUAGAUAGCCUGGCUUGACCACGUAGCAAGUGAACAGAGGGGCAUAAAAACUCGUACAGUGGCUGGGCACAGUGGCUCAUGCCUGUAAUCCCAGCACUUUGGGAGGCCAAAGUGGAUGGAUCAUCUGAGGUCAGGAGCCUGGCCAACAUGGCAAAACCCUAUCUGUACAAAAAACACAAAAAUUAGCUGGUCAUGGUGGCACAUGCCUGUAAUCCCAGCUAUUUGAGAGGCUGAGACAGGAAAAUCACUUGAACCUGGGAAGCGGAGGUUGCAGUAGGCUGAAAUUGCACCAUUGCACUCCAGCCUGGGCAACAGAGUGAGACUCCAUCUCAAAAACAAACAGGCCGGGCGCGGUGGCUCAUGCCUGUAAUCCCAGCACUUUGGGAGGCUGAGGCAGGUGGAUUACAAGGUCAAGAGAUGGAGACCAUCCUGGUCAACAUGGUGAAACCCCGUCUGUACUAAAAAUAGAAAAAAUUAGCUGGGCAUGGUGGCACGUGCCUGUAAUCCCAGCUACUCAGGAGGCUGAGGCAGGAGAAUUGCCUGAACCCAGGAGGCGGAGGUUGCGGUGAGCCAAGAUCGUGCCAUUGCAUUCCAGCCUGGGUAACAGGAGCGAAACUCCAUCUCAAAAACAAACAAACAAAAAAACCCAUGCCAAGAAGUCCUGCCAUCAGCUCUCCCCAAACCAAGCUUCAUACAGCUCUUGGUGGUUCAGUUCAGAUACAGGGUGCAGUCUGUGUAUGAAUAAAACCACUGAAGAGCAUGCUCCUCGAUGAUUCUAAGCCCCAAUGCUUAUUUUCCCUUUCUUUUGCUGAGCCACAUCCUUUACUUCUAAGUAAAAGCAUUUCCUGGGUAUGCUCUGUGGAGUCUUGUUAGUCCUUUGAACUGAUGAAUGCAUAUGUCUUAUGACCUUGCAGUCAGGUCUACAAAAUAUGAAUUUGCAAAAUCACAUCUAUUUUGUCAUAUGUAUUUAGGCCAAGUUGACUUAGAGUCCAUAACCAUGUUUGCUCCUUAGAGCUGCCCAAACUUCACUAAGCAAUAAAGUUGGAUGAAAAAUACUCAUGCACCAUAUGACAUUUCGUUCCAUGAUGCAUAUACAGUGAUGGUCUCAUAAGAUUAUAGUACCAUAUGUUUACUGUACCUUUUCUAUAUUUAGGUUAUAUACAGGUUUACAUAUACAAAUAGUUACCAUUGUGUUACAGUUGGCUAUAGUAUUCAGCACAGUAACAUGCAGUACAGAUUUGUAGCCUAGGAGCAACAGGCUAUACCAUAGAGCUUAGGUCUGUAGUAGGCUGUACCAUCUAGGUUUGUAUCUGUAUCCUGUGAUGCUUACACAUUCGUGACACUGCCUAAUGAUGCAUUUCUCAGAAUGCAUCCCCAUUAAGUGAUGCAAUGCUGUAUUUAUCAAUUCAUAACACGAAAAAUCUCUCAAGUGAGUGAAAUCGCUCACACCUGUAAUCCCAGCACUUUAGGAGGCCAAACUGGGAGGACUGCUUGAGGCCAGGAGUUUGACACCAGCCUGGGCAACACAGCAAGACCCCAUAUGUAUAAUAUGUAUUAAAAAAAAUUAACUGAGAGUGAUGGCACACGCCUGUAGUCCUGACUACUUGGGAGGCUGAGGCAGGAGAAUCAUUUGAGUCCAGGAAUUCAAGUCUACAGUGAGCUAUGACACCAUUGUACUCCAGCCUAGGUGACAAAAUGAGAACCUGUCUCAAAAAAAAAGUGCAGAAAAAAUUUCUGAUUUCUUCAAAAGAAUUUUCAAGCAGGAUUCUGGAAUAUAGCCCAAUGUUGUUUCAUGCCAAAAUAUAAACCAUAGGGCCAAAUUUUCCUAAGGAGAAGCAGCUUAUAAGUAAAUAGCUUUAGAAAAUACAACUUCGGCCGGGCACAGUGGCUCACUCAUCUAAUCCCAGAACCUGGGGAGGCUGAGGUGCGUGGAUCAUCUGAGGUCAGGAGUUUGAAACCAGCCUGGCCAACAUGAUGAAACCCCGUGUCUACUAAAUAUACAAAAAAUUAGCCAGGUGUGAUGGUGGGCACCUAUAAUCUCAACUACUUGGAAGGCUGAGGCAGGAGAAUCGCUUGAACCCAGGAGAUGGAGGUUGCAGUGAGCUGAAAUCAUGCCAUUACACUCCAGCCUGGGCAACAAAAGCAAAACUCCAUCUCAAAAAGAAAGAAAAGAAAAAAAGAGGCCAGGUGUGGUGGCUCAUGCCUGUAAUCCCAGCACUUUGGGAGGCCAAGGCAGGUGGAUCUUGAGGUCAGGAGUUUGAGACAAGCCUGGUCAAUAUGGUGAAACCCCAUCUCUACUAAAAAUUAAAAAAUUAUCCAGGUGUGGUGGCAUGUGCCUAUAGUCCCAGCUACUCAGGAGGCUGAAGCAGAAUCGCUUGAACCCGGGAGGUGGAAGUUGCAGUGAGCCAAGAUCGCGCCACUGCACUCCAACCUGGGUGACAUAGCAAGACUCUG